AUCGUUUUUGAUUGAUGAGAUCUACAACUAGAAGAUCAGAAUAAGUAAUAACUAGCUAGUAUGUAACUCCUUAAGGGAUUUGCGAUCCAGAAUAAGCUAAAGCAAUAGCUAAGAAACUGUUUGAUUUAUAUGAUAGAGAUAGAAAUGGAAUUAUAGAUGGUUAAGAAGGUAAGAAGCAUCAUUAAUUAUUAUAGUUUCACCAAUGUUAAUUGAUGCUUAUCGUGGAAUGAGCAAAGCUUUUAAUCCUACUUAAGUCAAAUUAUUAUAUAUUCUUAGGCAGAUGUAGAUACAUUCGUUUAGGUUUUGGAUGUAAAUAGAGAUGGUAAGAUAACUUAUUAGGACGUGGAGAAUUACGCAUUACGCAUAUUGGUUUUAAAUUAAAUCAUUUUUAGGCUGGUAUUUAACCAUUACCAUCUUACAGUAUCUAAUUACCACCUUAAAGAUAAUAUAAUAGAAUGGUUGAGGAAAGAUUAGAGGUUGCAAGAAGAUUGUUUAAGAAAUUUGAUGUUACUCAAUGUGGAUACUUGACUAGAAAUGAAGUAUAGAAAUUGGUAAGUUUAGGUUCCAGGAUUAUUGAGAGAAACUUAUAAAUAAUUGAAUAUUGAGUUUGAACCUACUCCUUAGGAUGUUUAAGCUUGGAUGGAUAUGACUGAUACAGAUUGUGAUGGUAAAGUAGCUUUGUAGGAUUUUGAGUAAUCAAUUAUUAGGUCUUUAUAAGAAUAGGGUAUAUCCCUUUAUUGAAUGAGAAUAUAAAUUAAAAUAUAUUCAAUAAUUUAAUGCAAGG